AUGUCCCCCACUGCUGCUCAACUUGAAGACAUUCAUACUCCACCGCAGGUCUUUGCUCCCCUGUACCCUUUCACAAAUAUGACAAUUUAUUGGCUCAUCUCAUGGAUGAAUUCUGGCAGUAGUCGAGUAUCGGAAUCUAAAGUUGCGUCCCUCGUCAAGAAUGUAAUUCUAGCAGGGGAUUUUGACCGUGAAGACCUUCAGGGGUUCUUGAUGACUGAGUCGAGACCUCUGUCACUAUCGACAUUCCAACAAAGGGGAGGGAGGAUAGUCCCAGGCCUUAUACCAUUCCCGGGUUUCAUUACUGGCCUCUCGUUGAGGUUAUACGCGUGGCAUUCUCUGACGCUCAAGCAGGGGCAUUUCAUCUUUUGCCCUUCAAAUGUCUGGAAGGAUCCUCUAGACGGGCACAAAGAGUGGAUAUACGACGAGCUUUAUACCUCAGAUGCCUGGUUGGAAGCACAGGAUAGAUCUUCACGUAUUGCCAAGGUGGAAAACACCCUCGGAGAAGGCUCGUGGGUGCCCAUCAUGAAUCAGUUUGUUAAGAAACUUGGGUGGCUCAGACUUGAUUCAUUUCAUAUGCUCGUUGUCGACAUUAUGCACGAAUGCGAAUUAGGGACCUGGAAGGCUCUAUUUACGCACCCCGUGAGGCUUCUUUAUGCCCUUCCUGGGGGCACUCAAAUUGUCGCGACCCUCGACACCAGAUUUCGUCAAGUCCUGACAUUCGGUAACGGAGUAAUACACAAGUUUUCCAACAAUACGUCCGAGAUGAAAAGGCUGGCCACUUGUGAUUUUGAAGAUAUUUUACAGUGUGCUAUUCCAGUUUUUGAAGGGCUGUUCCCUCCUAGCCACGAUGCGGCUAUCCAGUCCCUCCUAUAUUCAUUUGCGCAAUGGCACACACUCGCUAAGCUAAGGGUACACUCUGACUCUACCUUGGUUUUUCUCGAUGAAACCUUCAAGAAGCUUUGCGGAAGUUUCGGGCUUAUACCUGCACUGCCUUCAACAUGGUGGAACUACCAAAGGAGAAAGCAGCUCAACAGAGAAGGUUUGCAAAGCGCUCGGAAACUGGGAGAACUUGCCCACCGAGCUCUAAAGGCUUUCUAUCCGCUGACCAGCAAGCUUGACACCCCUGUGCAGUUAGCUAAACAUGAGUGCAGGUGUUGUGUGCUACGGAGGGUGGAAGAAGCAGGGGGCACAUCCCCCUCUAUUGGUCUAUCUCCAGUUGAGGCCUCCUCCGGAAAAAAUCACCAUAUUGCAAUCAGUCAAAAUAAUCCUGUUGCUAUAUUUGCGUUCCUUCGAGACCACACUGAUGAUACAGCUCUCAAGAAUUUUAUACUGAAACUUAAGGAUCACAUUCUUUAUAGGCUGGGCAAGCUCGAUAUCAGCUACUGCGACCACACAUUCACGGAUGAAGAGCGAAACUCGGUCAUCAUUCCUAACAACACAAUCUACACUGUUCAGACCAUGCAAGUACAUUACACUACAUAUGAUAUGAGGUGGGAGACAUCACCUAACCACCCAUAUUGGUAUGCCUGCGUGUUGGCUAUCUAUCACAUGGAAACAUGGUUAAAUAAUGGAGGCACACCUAUGAAACAUCAUCUAGAUGUUCUUUGGGUUAGAUGGAUAGCCUUUGUGGAUGAGUUGGACACGGAUGCAUUUGGUUUUCUUGAUCCAGGGCAGGUGAUUCGAGGAGCACAUUUGAUUCCAGCCUUCAAUUCGGGGCAUGGUGUUAGCUCGCUGCGAGGUGGAAAGUCAUUUGCACGUCCUGAAGGAGUGCUAGAUGACUGGGAGGCAUAUUUGGUUGGCAUAUUUGUAGACCAAGAUAUGUUUAUGCGGUAUACACACUUUGGUGUAGGACAUCCAGCAAUGUUGCACAGGAUAGCUAGAGACUCUUUCAGAAAUGACUCACCAUCCAGCAUUACAAAUGCCGUAAACAACAGUAACAUUGUCGUGCUUGAGGCAGAUAUUGGUUAUGGAGAAGAUAAUGACAGUGAGGGCUAUGAAGGAUGUAGUAAUGAAGGAGAACUGAGCGAUGAAGAGUGCAGUGAUGAGGAAUUGGAAGAUGAAGAUGAAGGCAAGGAGAAUGAAAGCGAUGACGGCUGUGAAGAGGAUGGGCACAAGUUCAAGGAUGAGUUCAAUGACCUCCUAUCUUUUUAA